AUGCCCGUGGACUUAAACAAAGCUCAAAACAUAAGCAAGGGUGAGGAUGAUGAAGAUAGUAAAAAUGAUGGAAGUGACAAAGCCAGUGAGAGCAGUGAAAGCUGCAAAGACCAAGAAGAACAUGAAAGCAGCACCUUCAAGCACUCUGAUAUCAGUGUAUAUAGUAGCAAAAGACGGUCUACAUUAUUUGGAAAUAUUGUAAAGAACACGGCAAAGAGAUCAGUUAAGAGCAUAGAUGAUAUCAGAGCAUGA